GCGGCAGCGCGCGGGAAGCUGCGGUGCUCGUCCGGCGCGCGGCUCCAGGACCGGCGGCGGCGAAGAUGGAGUUCUCCAGCCGGAAUCGAACGAAGCAGGCGCGGCUGGCUGGGGACCGUCGGGAUCUGUACCCCCACAGCUUGCAGUUCUACCUGGAGCCUCCCGUGGAAAGUAUCUCUCUGGUGGAGUUUGAGAACUUUGCUGUCGACCGCCUGAGGCUGCUCAAAGUAGUUGAAAGCCUUGGUGUGAGCUGUCUAAGAGGCAGUGAGCCAUACAACACUAAGCUGGAGUCUGAGCUCCGGAAGCUUAAAUUUCCCUACAGAGCUUUGGCUGAGGAUGAUUAUGAGGCAAGAAGAAAAGACCAUAUCUCUCAUUUCAUACUACGCCUUGCUUACUGUCAGUCUGAGGAUCUCAGGCGUUGGUUUCUUCAACAAGAAAUGGAUCUCUUGCGAUACCGCUUCCAUCAACUGACUGACAAUUUAAGACAGAAGUUCUUGGAACAUGUUAACUUAUCAUUUGAAGCUAUUAGUGAAGACCUGAAAAAUGAAUUGGAAAAUGAGCUACAUACAUCAACCCCUGGCUUCACUAUGACUAAAGUAAAAGAACAAAUGUUCUAUAAGGUUGGACUUGCAGAUGCUGUGGAUCUAUUCAGAGCCAGAAGAGUGUUUAUUAAAGAUGGUUUUGCAUUUGUGCCACUUAAAGACAUCGAUUCAAUUGUUUUAAAUAACUACAGAACAAAGUUAUCUAAAGCACUGGCACUGACAGCACGAUCACUGCCUUCCAUACAGUCUGACGAGAGACUACAACCUCUGCUUAAUCAUCUCAGCCAUUCUUAUGUUGGCCCAGAUUACAGUGUGCAGAAGAACACUGGAAAAAUUUCUCUAGAACAGAUAGAUGCUCUUUCUGUGAAGUCAUUCCCGCUGUGCAUGCGCCAGCUGCACAAAGCCUUGCGUGACAGCCAUCAUCUCCGUCAUGGAGGCCGUAUGCAGUACGGGCUGUUCCUAAAAGGUAUCGGGCUCACUCUGGAACAGGCACUGGAAUUUUGGAAGAAAGAGUUUAUCAGAGGAAAAGUGGAUGCAGACAAGUUUGACAAAGGAUAUGCUUACAGUAUCCGCCACAACUAUGGAAAGGAAGGAAAGCGAGUUGAUUAUACCCCAUACAGCUGCAUGAAGAUCAUCAUGUCCAAUCCACCAAGUCAAGGGGAUUAUCAUGGGUGCCCAUUCCGCCACAGUGAUCCUGAGCUAUUGAAGCAGAAGCUGCAGUCAUCCAAGAUCCCUCCCAGUGGAAUAACUCAGAUCUUAGAAUUGGUAAAGGGUAUGCAUUACCAGCUGGCCUGUCAGAAGUACUUUGAGUUGACACAUGAUGUUGAUGACAUUGGAUUUUCUUUGAAUCAUCCUAAUCAGUAUUUUACAGAAAGUCAAAAGCUAUUAAAUGGUGGUAGAGAACUGAAGAAGGAACUAAGUAAUUCAUCAAACUCUCAACAAAGAAGUAAUAGUCAGGAAAGCAUGAAUCCAAAUUCUGCUCCCUCCUCUUCAAAUACAACAGCUGAUGCAGAACUGGAAGAACUGGAGGCAUACUUCACUGAAGACUAAGCAGCUGUGUUAUUCAGUUUUGAUUAUUUGAGGUUUUUUCUUUUUUUCAUUUUUUUUUCCUUUCUCUAGCUGAAUUUGUCCCUCUGCUAAGGAAUAUGCACUUCACUACCUGGAAGACACAGGCAUUUAGUGCUUUGAAAAGGCUGAAGAAAAGCUAGAAGCUGCAUCCCAUACUUACUCAUGCUGCUUUAUAAUACUGUUUUCUAUGGCAUGCUGAAGGGUGGGAGAUUGAAGUUCCUUCCCAAUUCUUAGGUGAUUUUUGUCUGACUUGGUUUUUUGCUUUUCUUCAAAAUGUUUAACUAUUUUAAUCUUACUU